GAUACUAAAGCUGUUUGUUAGUGUAAUAUAUAUUUUACAGUUCACACCACCUCCAAUAACCGCUAGUUUUGUUUAUGACAAGAAAGGGUUCAAUGUAAGGAGAUUUGGAGAGUAUGAAUUAGUCAUGCCGAGUAAGACAAACAAGCCAUCUCAACUGAAAGAAAUCCCAAAGAACGUAGUUACCCCAAAGUACUACAAAACUGCCCAACCCACAAUGGGACCCUCCACACCAGAAAUCAAGAGUACAGAGCAAAUUAAUGGAAUGCGACAAAGUUGUAGGCUGGCCCGAGAAAUCCUGGAUUCUAUCCACUCCAUUAUAAAGGUAGGGAUGACAACAGAUGAGUUGGAUGAUUAUGUACACAACUUGACCGUCAGUAGAGGAGCUUACCCGUCGCCUCUCAACUACAAGGGAUUUCCCAAGUCUAUCUGUACAUCAGUCAACAAUGUCGUCUGCCACGGCAUACCAGACCAUAGACCGCUGCAUGAUGGAGACAUUGUUAAUGUGGAUAUCACAGUUUUCUUCAAAGGCUACCAUGGAGAUUGUUCGGCAAUGUUUUAUGUGGGGAAUGUAGAUGAAAAAGGAAAACAACUCUCCAGAGUUACCUUGGAAUCUCUCAAUGAGGCCAUCAAAGUAUGUGGUCCUGGAAGACCAAUAUCCGAUAUAGGUAACACAGUUGACCGCAUAGCAAGGAAAAAUAGAAUGAGAGUGGUUGCUGAAUACAUCGGCCAUGGUAUUGGUACUUAUUUCCAUGGCUACCCUGAAGUCCUUCAUUACGCCAACAACGAGAAAGGACUGAUGUUACCUGGGAUGACGUUCACCAUCGAACCAAUCUUGGCUCAAGGCUCUGGUCGGAUGACAGUGUUAUCAGAUGGCUGGACGUCGGUCACCAUGGACGGGUCUCGUGCGGCUCAGUGGGAGCAUACGGUCCUGAUCACUCGCUCAGGAGUAGAAGUUCUCACUGGACCAGACCAUGUCUUGCCUGAGGGUUGAAGUCAGUCCAUGAUGUCAGCGAGAAUCAUCACCAAAGACCCACCGAUGUGUGGAUGUGAUUAUAAAUUUGCUCUGAUAAAUUAGGCAGAUUUGUUAUUUGUUUCUUCCCAGUCUCGAAGAGUUUGAAUAAUACGUUGAAAAAGUAGAUCAUUGGUUUUAUGCCAACGUAGGUUUGAAAUUAAGUUUCCAAAUGUGAUUCAAGUGCCUAUUAAAUAAAAUAUUAUUGACAUAUACAAACUUAAGGGAACCUCAUCUGAAUUCAAGGAAAACUUAAAUCUCUAAAUUUUUCUUAUAUUUUUACAUGCCAAUAACAGUAAAAAAUUAAGGAAACUGAAUCCAUAUUUUUAAAAAAAUACUCCCGUGCAGCAAACCUGCAAACUAACUCUUCAAGAUUGGGAUUCGCCAUGUUGUGCCAAUGUUGUGAUGUCAAAUGAAUAUUGAAAAUGUUGUAGACUUUAAACUUUUGAUAGAUAGGCGAGUAAUUUUAAGAUAAGAUCUGACACAUAUUGAUUGGUUAUUUCUAGCUUUUAUUUGAAACACUAUGUGGUGUAUUUAGUUAAGAAGGUUUUAUGAAGUGUUUGCAGCAUCUUCAAAUAUUAAAAUAUAUUUGUAUCCCCCGAGAGAGAAACUUAUUUUAUUUAUUUACAGCAUCACACUACAUCAAUAUAAUUGACAGGUUAAUUGUCAAUAGAAAUAGUCUUAGGGAGCCAUACUCAAAAUAAGACUGAUAUGUGACACAUUGUUGAAUUAUUUAUUAAACUUUAUUGUUAUAUUUGUGUA